AUGGCGGCUAAGCGCAAGGCUUCGGCGAUGGGCACGGCUGUUGACGACCAGCCGGUUGACCCGUCAGAUGAACUUGCAUUCUACUGUCUGGGUGGAGGAAACGAGGUCGGGCGAUCAUGUCAUAUCAUCCAGUACAAGGGCAAGACGGUUAUGCUUGACGCAGGAAUGCACCCGGCCAAAGAGGGUUUCUCCGCCCUUCCCUUCUUUGACGAGUUCGACUUGAGCACGGUAGACGUUUUACUGAUUAGCCAUUUCCACGUGGACCAUUCCUCUGCUCUUCCUUAUGUUCUCAGCAAGACCAAUUUUGCUGGUCGGGUCAUGAUGACCCAUGCCACCAAGGCAAUUUAUAAGUGGCUCAUUCAAGAUAACGUUCGUGUCAGUAAUACGUCCUCAUCAUCUGAUCAGCGUACCACCCUCUAUACCGAGCAAGAUCACCUGUCUACACUCCCUCUGAUCGAAACGAUCGAUUUCAACACCACGCAUACAAUCAACGGCAUUAAAAUCACCCCAUAUCCCGCCGGUCAUGUCUUGGGUGCCGCAAUGUUUCUGGUGUCGAUUGCCGGGCUGAACCUUCUGUUCACCGGCGACUAUUCCCGUGAAGAGGACCGGCAUUUGAUUCCUGCACAGGUCCCUCGGGGUAUCAAAAUCGAUGUCUUGAUCACAGAAUCCACAUUCGGUAUAUCCUCGAAUCCGCCCCGUCUGGAACGGGAGGCUGCUCUCAUGAAAUCAAUCACCGGUAUCUUAAACCGCGGAGGACGUGCGUUGUUGCCUGUGUUUGCCCUCGGACGCGCUCAAGAGCUGUUACUUAUCCUCGAGGAGUACUGGGAGCGACAUCCCAAAUUACAGAAGAUCCCCAUUUACUACAUUGGUAACAUGGCAAGACGCUGCAUGGUUGUUUAUCAGACCUAUAUUGGAGCGAUGAAUGACAACAUCAAAAUGCUAUUUCGCCAGCGUAUGGCAGAGGCCGAGGCUAGCGGUGACAAGAGUGUAACUGCCGGCCCCUGGGAUUUCCGUUUCAUUCGAAGUCUGCGAAGUCUCGAACGCUUCGAGGAUGUAUCCCCUUGUGUGCUCCUUUCAUCGCCCGGUAUGCUGCAGACAGGUACCAGUCGCGAGCUGCUUGAAAGAUGGGCACCCAGCGAACGUAACGGCGUCGUCAUGACGGGUUAUAGUGUUGAAGGAACGAUGGCUAAGCAGCUUCUCAACGAGCCCGACCAGAUUCCUGCCGUCAUGUCCAAGGUUUCCACCAUCCAGGGCCGCGGUCGCGUACCUGGAGGCAAUGAUGAGGAUCAAAAAGUGAUGAUUCCACGUCGCUGCACGGUCGACGAAAUUAGUUUUGCUGCACACGUCGAUGGUGUCGAGAAUCGCAACUUCAUUGAAGAGGUUGCUGCGCCAGUUGUGAUCCUUGUGCACGGCGAAAAACAUCAGAUGAUGCGACUCAAGUCGAAGCUUUUGAGUCUUAAUGCCGAUAAAACUGUCAAGGUCAAGGAUAAGUUUGCCAAGGUCGUCGGUAAACUCGCACAGGUCGCUCCGCCUACGGAGCAAGAUGACAGCCAGUUGAUGACUGGUGUUCUUGUCCAGAAUGGCUUCGACCUGGCUUUGAUGGCCCCGGAUGACCUUCGGGAAUACGCCGGUCUGACAACGACCACCAUUACGUGCAAGCAACACCUGACACUUAGUUCGGUAAGCAUGGACUUGAUUCGAUGGGCUCUCGAGGGCACAUUCGGAGCCAUUGAAGAAGUGGGGACAAACACAAAGACCGAUUUGAAGGAUGAAGUCAACGGAGAUUUGGACACCUCAAGCGCAAAGCUGGAGGCUGCCGAUGAAGAAAUCCCCAUGGAAGAGACACAAACAUUCCUUGUCAUGGGAUGUGUGAUCCUUCGUCACCACUCGCGUACUCGGGAGGUUGAACUUGAGUGGGAGGGCAAUAUGAUGAACGAUGGAGUUGCUGAUGCUGUCAUGGCCGUUCUUCUAACGGUCGAGAGCAGCCCAGCCUCCGUGAAGCAGUCUGCCAAGAACAAGCACCAUCAUCAUCACUAUGACGAGGACUUUGCUGCUCUCCCCAAUCCGCACUCUCAUCUAAGCGCUGAGGAUCGAUUGGCCCGCCUACUUAUGAUGCUGGAGGCGCAGUUCGGCGGCAGUAUUGUUCCCAUCGAACGUCCUCGUGUUCCAGCGGAUCUUGUCAAUGGCACAGAGGGAACUGACGGUACCACGACUGUGAACGAGGAAAGACUUGCCGAUAUUGAAUCGGCCGAGCUCGAGCGUCUCCAAGCCUUAGGAAUUCCGGUUCCAGGUCUUGAAAUUACCGUCGACAAACAUGUUGCUCGUGUCUGGCUGGAAAACCUGGAGGUAGAAUGCGCCAACCCUGUUCUUCGGGAUCGCGUGCGCGUUGUUGUUGAAAGGGCGGUCGAGACCGUCGCUGGACUAUGGGCAGCGAGUUCUUUGCCCAAAGAGGUGGUGUCAAACGGCACUUCGAAGGGACAGAUGGAGAUGGACGAGGCUACGCAGAAGACGGCUGCCAUCGAAGCCCAGGGAUAA